AUGGCGCCCGAACCUGAGGGCAAGUGGGUCUUCCCGGAGCUGCGCGCCAUGAUCCUGCAGUCGACGCGGCCGCCCGCGCCCACUCCGGACGAUGCGGACAAGGAGAACACCGAGACAGAGAGCCCCUUGGUGUUCCGCACACCAAGUUUCCUGCAGUCCGAGGUGCCGUGGCACGUGGAGCAGCAGCUGAGACGCACCACUUGCGCCUUCGUGGAGCACUUGGCACAGCUCCUGGAGAUGCCCGACGCCCCCAGCAUCGCGGCCCAGCUGUUCGUGCAGCGGUUCUACAUGCUGCACUCGUUCGCGACCCACGACCGCUUCCUGGUAGCCACGGCGGCGCUGUUCCUGGCCGGCAAGACGGAGGAGUUCCCCAUCAAGGUGCGGUACGUCACGGAGGCCUCCAUGUUCCUGCUGCUGUGCAGAGAGCAGGCCCAAGAGAAGCUCCUGACCAAGCACAAAGCUACCGGAGGCGCCAAGAGCAACGGAGUGUCAGCGCCUCGACGGUCGCCGUCGCCUGCUCCGCCGGCCAAGAAGAAGCAAAAGCUCGACUCCAAGGGCAAACCGGUGGAGAUGAGCUCGACGCUGGGCAACGACAAGGAAGCAGCAAACGCCAAGCACAUUGAGUGGCUGAAUGCGUUGCUGGAGGUGGUGGAUGUGGGGGAAGUGGAGGCCAAUUCGAGCAAAGUGCUGCUGCUGGAGCGGAUCCUGCUGCUCACGCUGUCGUUCGAGAUCGGGGCGCCGCAGCCGUUCGCGUAUAUUGCGCCGCAUAUGGAGCGAGUGUUCGCGCUGGAGGCCAUGCACCCAGACAUUUCGUACGAGAAUACUCGCCAGAUCACGUUCUUGCUGGUCGCGGACGCCGUGAAGAGUGGGUUAUGUCUGGCGUUCGACUGCAUCGCGCUCGCUGCGGGAGCAGUGUAUCUAGCCUGCUUGUAUCAUCACCAGGUGGUGCCGAAUGUUGCAACAGAGAAGAACGAGCCCUGGUGGACCGUACUAGAGCUUCCCGAGAAGGAGCUUGAGGAGGUCGCGCGAUGCUACCUGUGGAUGUAUGAAGACGAGAAUGGACAAAAAAGCCAAGGACUUGGACCCGACUUCCUGGAUUUGUGGACACGAUAUCGGCCAGACGAUAACCGACCCGACCUUGAGGCUGUCAAGGCAAUAGAUGCAGGCUUACAUACGCCGUAACUCGGAGAAACCAGGAGGAAGGGUACUUUUUGAUGUCUUUUAAAUCUGACUUGACCAUUGCACAACG